AUGGUUUUUACCGCAAUCGUUACUACGCUCCUCUGCUCAUUACCGCCAUCCUUGUCAAACGUGAUCACCACCCAAACCAGUUCAAUCAUCACAACAAACACGGUCGAACAAGAACAAUUUAACUAUGAAAUUGUCAUUCCCCGAUCGAUACGAUCUUCAAGAUCAAUCUCAUUUCUACCUGAUUGGAAAGCUCGUCUCAGAGAUAAACAACAAAAUCGUCAAAAACGUGCUCAGACCUCGUUCCAUGAUCAGCUAAAUGCAACUUUGUACUAUCGUAUCUAUGGUUUCAAUCAAACCUUUGAUUUAAGUUUAAUCGAAGACGAAGCAUUUCUCGCACCAUCGUUUGUUACUCAACAUUACAGUGAAAAUCGAACAUGGUUAACAAGAGAUAUUGAACAUUGUUUCUAUAAAGGUCAUAUCAAUCAAAAUCCUUUGUCAACCGUAUCGAUCAGUUUAUGUCACGGUUUGUUAGGUACAUUUAUUUACAAUGACGUAGAAUAUUUCAUUGAGCCUAAGCGUCAGGAGAAUGAAACGAAAUGGAAUUUUGAACAUCUGUUUUACACACAUAAAGAAUCCAUAGAGUCAAUCACGGAUGGCGCGCAAACAGUACGAUGUCCUGUUGACGGUGUUCCUUAUUUCGAAAAAGACAAAUCUUAUCCUCACUAUGAACGGAGCCACAAGCAACGAUUGCAAAACUCUUUUCCUCAACUCCCUGCUUCUGUUGAAGAUGAUUUGGCACAUUCUUCUUACAAGACAAAUCAUUUCAAACGUCGAGCUAAACGUCAAACUGAACUGGAUCCUACUGCCAAACAUGUGGAAGUAUCAUACUUGUAUUCGGACGCCAGCAUCGGAAAUAAUAUUAAGAUAUGGCUCGUCAAAUUAGUCGAUCUGGAUGCCGCAUUUACUAGAUAUAUAACAUCAAGUGAUGAUGCCGCGGACAUCUUAGGUACAUUUUGCAAAUGGCAGAAAGAUUACAAUGAUGCGGAUACGUACGAUACCGCUGUUCUUCUCACAAGAACGCCUCUAUGCAAUAAACGAGCCAAAAAUGUAACUGAUAGUAAAUGUGACACAUUAGGAUUAACCGAAUUAGGUACAUUGUGUAAUAAAACAUCGAAAUGUGCUGUCGUACGUGAUAAUGGAUUUGCUACUGCAUUUACAAUUGCUCAUGAAAUUGCUCACUUAUUCGGUAUUCGACAUGAUAAUGACAAAGCAUGCUUAGAUCACACCAAAGAACAGAAUAUCAUGGCAACAUCGCUCACAUUCAAUCACAAUCACUACAAGUGGUCGAAUUGCAGUCGACACUAUUUCACUCAAUAUCUCGAAUCGGAUCGAUAUCAAUGUUUGAACAAUGUACCCGAUUACAAAUCUGCAACAUGGAAAGAUUUGAAUGCUGAGCAAGCAGCACGUCAAUUACCCGGUCGUUUCAGUGAUCUUGAUGCUCAAUGUCGUCGAGCAUUCGGUGUGACUUUUGAAUACUGUCGGGAUUUAAGUCAUGGGCCGAAAUGUCAUCGUUUAUACUGUCGAGAGAGACUCUCAAAUUUGGCAUCGUGUAUAACAAAUCAUGCUCAUUGGUCUGAUGGCACGCAAUGUUCAGUGUCACAUACAGAAAUCAAAAGAUGUUUUCGUGGUGAUUGUCGAAGCACACGUGAGCUUCAAUCAAUCGAUGGAAAUUGGGGAGACUGGUCGCCGUGGUCACCCUGUACUCGUACAUGUGGCAGCGCUGUACAAAAAUCGCAGCGUUAUUGUGAUAGUCCAAAACCAGAGAAUGGCGGAAAGUAUUGCUCGGGUACAUCAACUCGGAUACGAUCAUGUGAAGACAAUCCACCUUGUAAAGAUCCUGUGGAUAUGUUUCGUUUACGUCAAUGUUCAGUUUUUAACAAUCGCACUAUUGAUCCUUCAUUGCCAUUUGGUACCAGAUUUGAGCCGAAAUACAAUGUUUUGGCUAGUGAAAGAUGCAAAUUAAUCUGCAAAGUAUCGGACGAUCGUCUCGAGCGAUCAUUUGUCCUUGGCGAUCGCGUGGAGGACGGCACUCCCUGUGGACGAGAAGAAGAAACAAGAGAUAUUUGCAUCAAUGGUGUCUGCAUGCCGAUGGGUUGUGAUCAGAAAUAUGGAUCAAACGCAACAGAAGAUGUUUGCGGAGUUUGUAAUGGACAAAAUCGUACUUGUAAAUUAUCGAGUGGACAAAAACGAGUGUCAGACUUCGGAAUUACCAAUAUCGUGGAUAUUCCUGUCAAUACAACACGUGUUCAUGUUGUGCAAAUAUCGUCGGGCAAUGAUCGUUACUAUUUAGCGGUAAAACACGUCAAUGGAACGUAUGUUUUGAAUGGAAUACAUAGUCUUCAAUUAUACAAUGUUAAAAUUCGUAUUGGAACUGCAACACUUUCGUAUACAGGAUCAGAUUCCGGAAAUGAAACGGUUAUCAUAACGGGUCGUUUGAAAGUUCCAUUAGAAAUUCAAGUGAUAUCAAUAUACCAAGCGGGCGCUCCGGCUACAUCGGUUAUUUGGGAGUAUUAUUCGCCAUUUGAUGAAACUGAUGUGUCACGACAAUAUGGCGAUCAAUCUUCGGAUUACUAUUGCGAUCGACCUUGUCAAGGCUAUAAACAAGUAGNGUGUAAUGUACCAUGUGGAGUUGGUGAACAGUAUCGAUCUGUUCGAUGUUUUGCUAUAUUUCGCAAUCGAACAAUUCCCGAUCGUUUUUGUCGACAUUUAUCACAACCUACUCGUGUACAACAAUGCUUUCAAGUCGCUUGCUCACCCAUGUGGACAACACACCCGUGGUCAUUGUGCACAUCCACAUGUGGUGCAGGUAUUGAAUAUCGAGGUAUAUCUUGUCAUGAAGUAAACAAUAAUGGAUAUCUAUUAAAAAACAAUUAUUCGAACAAAUGUGAUCCAUAUCGCGCACCAACAACUCGCAUUUCGUGUAAUAUGGGCGAUUGUGAAAGUCCAUACUUAUGGCAUGUAGAACCAUGGUCGAAAUGUUCAUCGGAUUGUAAUCGCGGUGAACAAACUCGACAGGUUUAUUGUAAAAAUCGUCAGUCAUCUCUACCGGUUAACGAUUUAUUUUGUACUCCUGGCAGACCUGUUACACGUAUUGAUUGUUAUGGAUUCUUAUUUGAUUAUAAUCAAAAUUACAUUUAUUCUAAUCUCAUGAAUUUCUCUGAUAUCUACCCGGUUUUGAUAAAAACCACAACAGCCCCUUUGACCCUUUCUAAUAUUUUCGAUGAUGAUGAUGAUGAUGAUGAUUUGAAACCGAAAGCGAAAUCCCAAUUUGGAUCAAUCGAUCUGAAUGACAAUAUAUAUCUCUUUGUUCUUUACUUAUUUUUCUUCAUACAUCACGCGUCUGCUCUUCAGAAACAAAUUCUUAUAAAAAUCCAGAUCUAUUUUCUAAAUCAUGGUGUCAUGUAA